GCUCUGAGCAGGAGGCGGCAGCGGCGGCGGUGGCGGUAGCAGCCGGAGGAAGAACAUGGCGGGUGCUGCGGGGCCCGGGAGCGGCCCUGGCGCCGCUGGCGGAGACGGAGACGAUUCGCUGUACCCCAUCGCGGUUUUGAUCGACGAGCUCCGGAAUGAGGACGUGCAGCUAAGGCUCAACAGUAUUAAGAAGUUAUCAACAAUUGCUUUAGCUCUUGGAGUAGAGAGAACUCGAACUGAACUGCUGCCAUUUCUUACUGAUACAAUUUAUGAUGAAGAUGAGGUAUUAUUGGCUCUUGCUGAACAACUGGGAAAUUUCACUGUCCUGGUAGGAGGUCCAGAUUUUGCCCACUGUCUCCUGCCUCCUUUGGAAAGUUUGGCAACCGUGGAGGAGACUGUAGUUCGAGACAAGGCAGUGGAGUCACUGAGGCAGAUCUCCCAGGAGCACACUCCUGUUGCUCUAGAAGCCCAUUUUGUACCUCUUGUGAAACGUCUGGCCAGUGGGGAUUGGUUCACUUCUCGCACCUCUGCAUGUGGGUUGUUCAGUGUUUGCUAUCCCAGGGCUUCAAGUUCUGUCAAGGCAGAAAUUAGACAGCACUUUCGUUCCCUCUGUUCUGACGACACCCCAAUGGUCCGACGUGCUGCUGCUUCCAAACUUGGUGAAUUUGCAAAAGUCUUGGAACUAGAAAGUGUUAAAAGUGAAAUUGUUCCAUUAUUCACUAACCUAGCUUCAGAUGAGCAGGAUUCUGUGCGUCUUCUAGCUGUAGAAGCAUGUGUCAGUAUUGCCCAAUUACUGUCCCAAGAUGAUCUUGAAGCUUUGGUGAUGCCCACACUCCGCCAGGCAGCAGAAGAUAAAUCUUGGCGAGUUCGCUAUAUGGUAGCUGACAAGUUUUCAGAGCUUCAAAAAGCAGUGGGUCCAGAAAUCACCCAAAAUGACCUGGUCCCAGCCUUUCAGAACCUUCUUAAAGACUGUGAAGCAGAGGUCCGAGCUGCAGCUGCCCACAAAGUGAAAGAACUUUGUGAGAACUUGCCUGUUGAAGGUAGAGAAUCUAUAAUUAUGAAUCAUAUUCUGCCCUUUGUUAAGGAAUUGGUAUCUGAUUCCAAUCAGCAUGUCAAGUCUGCUUUAGCUUCUGUAAUUAUGGGAUUAUCUACCAUUUUGGGCAAAGAGAAUACCAUUGAACACCUUCUACCUCUUUUCUUAGCUCAGUUAAAGGAUGAGUGUCCUGAAGUCCGUCUGAAUAUCAUCUCUAAUUUGGACUGUGUAAAUGAAGUAAUUGGAAUCCGUCAGCUUUCUCAGUCUCUCCUUCCUGCCAUUGUGGAGUUGGCUGAAGAUGCCAAGUGGAGAGUACGAUUAGCUAUCAUUGAGUACAUGCCAUUGUUGGCAGGUCAGCUGGGUGUGGAAUUCUUUGAUGAGAAACUGAAUUCUUUGUGUAUGGCCUGGCUUGUGGAUCAUGUGUAUGCAAUUCGAGAAGCUGCCACAAACAACUUGAUGAAACUGGUAGAGAAAUUUGGUGCUGAGUGGGCUCAAAAUACCAUUGUUCCCAAAGUACUAGUAAUGGCAAAUGAUCCUAACUACUUACAUAGGAUGACCACUUUAUUCUGUAUUAAUGCAUUGUCUGAAGCCUGUGGCCAGGAAAUCACAACUAAACAAAUGCUACCGAUUGUAUUAAAAAUGGCAGGAGACCAGGUAGCAAAUGUUCGCUUUAACGUGGCUAAAUCUCUACAAAAAAUUGGUCCAAUUCUAGAUAGGAGUGCAUUGCAUAUUGAAGUCAAGCCAGUGCUGCAGAAGUUAGGGCAGGAUGAGGACAUGGAUGUCAAGUAUUUUGCACAGGAAGCCAUAAAUGUUCUUGCCUUGGCAUAAUGAGGAACAGGAGGGAAAAGAUUUUACUAAAUUCUUAUCACAGAUUUCUAGUCAAUGUGUUCUUAAACGGGAUGCAGAAAAAAAAGGAAAACCUUCAAGAUCUCAUCCAAGCAAAUGGCAGCAACUGUUACAAGAAAUCAGAUUUCAGUGACUUGACUUUCUCAAGAUGAAAUGGGUUUUUUUAAACUUGUUUUUUUUUCUUUUUUUUUUCUAAGAUAAUUAUUUAAGCCAUUCUUAUGGUUUCUGACUAAUUCUCAGCAUUCAGUACAGUCGAUUCUCAAUUAUCCACUAAUGGGUUAUUCAUGACAGUUUCUGUCUAGCCAGUUCCUGGGGCCUUCUUGUCAGGACCAAAAUGGGGGGAGGAUUGGGUAUAAGGGUUUAAUUAAACCUGGGAUAUGGAAUAUAGUCAGUGUCUGUGUGUUUAUGUAUUUGUCUGAGUAUCUCUCUGACUGCAUUCCAAAACUAAGUACAUGUGAUUUAAUAUUGACUGUUAUUUUAUACCUCAUUUCUCUUAUUUGUGUGGAUAAUUGAGAUUUGGCUGUAAUGGAAGUCUCCUUUUAUUGGAUGAUGGUGGCUUUCAUCAGUGUCUCCUGAAAGGGGCAUGUGGAAACACAAGUUUAAUGUAUUGGUUGCUUUGGUUUUUAUUUGCUUGAUUUUGACUGUAAUCAUGUCAUUCAGAAACCAAAUACAGAAGCAUAUUGCUUAUUAUUGUUGUGACAUUGAAACCUAACUGUAUUGAAACUCAUUGGUGUGAAUACAUUUAGAAAUAAUUCUCUUUCUUGUCUGAGAAACUUUAAAUUUAAUGCCUACUAGUAAGCAGUAGUUUUUCCCGUUUCAUUGUGAAAUUUCACUUUUGUAUUUCUCAAGAGUAAAGAAACACGGGUUUAAUACUGUGUGGAUUUCCUUUAUAAACUGGUUCUGCUUCCAAUAAUGUUAAGAUCCAGUCAUUGAUACUGUACAGUAACUUUUCAAACUGGUUUCAUUGCUCUCUUUUUGAUAUGGUGAUGUCUUGUCUUUUUAUAGCUUAAAAUUUGUUUUUCUGCAUCAACAGUAAAACCUCAUUAAUUCCUCUUGGAAUUUGUGAAGAUGGAUUUCAUAGAAGGGUUUAUUAAAACAAAUUACCUUUGUACAUCAGAUGGAAGGAAGCAUAUUUGGACUAUUUAAGAAGACAAUCUAUUUUCAAGCACUCUCAAGUACUUUAAAAAGACUCGUUUCAAUUGUAUGGCCCUUGAUGUGCUAAUUACUGAUCAUUCUUAUAUAAAAGUGGGUCCAUUAGGAGCUCUACUAGGCAAUAUUUUGUUAUCCUAGUUUGAGUUACUUUGUGUACUUGAAAAAUAAUAAAAUUGUAUUUCAUUAAACAUUUUGAACAUAAUUUUAAAUUUGUAAAUUUUUAGCUUGUUUAGAUUCUCCACUAACCCAAAUUAUGAAUCAGGGAUAUUUUGUUGUACUAUAUUUUUCUUUAGGUGAGACUUGCUGUGUGGUUUGUUUCAUUUUUUGUUGUUAUUUUGUUUUCGAGUUGUUUAAUUCAUAACUUUUUAGCUUACUGAGCCCUACCCAUCCUGGUUUUGUGAAACCACUAAGAAUUCUUGGUGACUUUGUAUUUUUAAAUAAUUACAUAAAAUCAAGUUUUGACUUACUACUUUAAAA